CAUUUCCCCAAAUUCACCCUUUCAAUUUUCAUCAACCCUUAUUUUACCCCUGAAUUCACCUCGCAUACUUCAACCCUCCUUCUCCAUCGCCGCCGCGCCGCCGUCGCUCCGCUGCUGCCGUCGCUUCGUCUCUCUGCGCCGUUGUUGUUGCUGCUCAAUCAAAAUUAAGGAGCUUCGGACAUUGAUUCCUAAAGGCUUUGAAGUAAUUGGAGCAUUUGCUUACGGAGCCGGCGCCGACGCUCAAGCGGCAGUUCAUGCUACUCGCAGACUGAGGAAGCUUUUAUAUGGUGAAGAGGAAGGGGAUAAUGGACCGGUGAUCGGAGCAGUCGCCGCCGGUUCUGGCGUGCUAAAAUUUUUCAUGUCGGAGAGUGGAAAAUCGAAUAGCCUCGAAGAGGAUGAUUCAGUUGUUGAAGAAUAACAUUCGGAGAAAUGUGUGGGAGAAUAGUUGCUUGAUUCGUUGUGAGCUUCCGAUCAAGUUUCCAGUAUAUUAUCCUCUCAAGAAUACGAGUGCCCAGAAUGAAGUCAGGCUCCUUGUUGUGGAUAUUAAACUAGAUGUACUCUGCUAUGCUUCUAAGAAGCUCCCCUUGAGGCAUGCAGUUUCAAGAUUAAUCAUCCCUGGUUUAGCUGAUCAGUUAAAUGUAUUGCAGAAUUCAAUGUUGCCUAACCUUUUGAGACAACACCCUCAGAUUGGUUGGAUUUAUAGAUCAGUGACAAAGGAUAUCUUAACUGGAUUCAAGAUGCACUGUAGAGGAUGGAGAUCAAUUUACUGCAUACCAUUAAGGCCAGCAUUCAAAGGGUCAGCACCAAUCAACUUGUCUGAUAGGUUGCACCAAGUUCUUAGGUGGGCCCUUGGAUCAGUUGAAGUCUUCUUUAGCAGACACUGCCCUUUGUGGUAUGGAUUUGCAGGUGGACGCCUCAGAUGGCUUCAGAGACUAGCUUACAUAAACACCAUUGUCUAUCCUUUCACAUCACUUCCUCUUGUUGCUUAUUGUUCCUUGCCAGCAAUUUGCCUUCUCUCUGAAAAGUUCGUCAUUCCAACGGGAUGUGGUUGUGCUUAUCGCUCUCUUCAGACUAUCAUUUCAUGGUUCAGACUUCAAAACUAUUCAUCUAUAGAGGUUCCUUCUCAUAGGUUUACAGCCAAUCUUAUCAAUGGUUUCCAUACUCCAGAAGGCGCAGAGCUAGAUAAGAAGCAAGUAUCAAAGCUGGGAAGAUUUUUCUCCAUUAGCUUCUUAUGGAGUUUCUUCCAAUGGUUUUUAACUGCUGGUGAUGAUUGCGGAUUUUCAAGCUUUCCUACAUUUGGUCUACAGGCCUAUAAGAACAAGUUCUACUUUGAUUUUUCCGCUACUUAUGUUGGGGUUGGGAUGAUUUGCCUAUAUAAUCAAUGUAUCCCUGCUGAUUGGUGGAAUUCUCUCAUGGGGUGUCAUGUGGCGACUCAUUGCUAAUAAAAAAGGUGAUUGGUAUGAUGCAAAACUUAAGCCAAGCAGCUUAGAGGGCCUUCAAGGUUACAAGGCAAGUCAUCCUUUACCACUCAAUUUUCACUAUGUUCCGUAUUUUGUAACAUUAACCUUUAGGUUAAUUAAACGCUAAUUGAUUAAACGUUAACCUUUGGUUUUUCUGUUCUAACUGGACAACAUAUGCUGAGCCCUAGGCAAAGAAGGCUGAAAAAGAUCGUUAAUGGUGGAUGGUGUGGGUGGAAGAAAGCUGUUGAUAGCAAGGAAAAGAAUUUCUUCUUGCAUGAUAAGUUUUAUAAUCUCCUUCUACCACAGAGGCCUAACAUGAUUUGAUAGGAUCAUUUUCAUGGAGGGUAACAGUUCUUAGUUUGUACCAAUUUUCUUGCAAUGGAAUGGUAGUUUUUCAUGGUUGGAAUUUGAUAGUUCAGUUAAUUAGUUGACUUACUUUUGGAUUGGUGUUUGUAACUGGUAUUCUGUGACUAUAGUCUAUUAUAUAGGAUUUACCGUUGUUAUCUAUUUGAGUUACUUGGACAAGUAAAUGAUGCCAGCAAAGGGUAUUUCAAGAUAAUUAGAGUAUUAUUUUAUCA